AUGGACGAGACAGUUAGACCCUUGGAUGUCUUUCUAAAAUUUUUCGACGACGACUUUUUUGACUUACUAGUGCGCCAGAGUAACAGAUACGCGACUGUAAUCAUUGAAAAAGAGUUGACCGACCAUUCACGACUUAAUUUCUGGAAAAGUACCAACCGGGAUGAAAUGGCCAUUUUUCUGGCAAUAUUAGUCGCAUUGGCCGAAGAAAAAGAUUAUUGGCGGGAAAAUGGCUUUCUCACCCUAAAAUACCUCCAAAAUUUAAUGACACAUAACACAUUUGUACUUCUGAAAAAACUUUUACAUUUCACACCGACCACGAUAGUUCAGACCACGGGCAACAUGACUGAGGAUGAAAUCAAGUUACGGAAAAUACAGCCUGUGCUGGAUCACCUGCAAAGGAAGUUCAGUACGCUGUAUCUUCCGGGACGUGAUAUCGUCAUUGACGAAUCAUUACUAAAAUGGCAUGGCAGGUAA